CCCUCCAGCCCUCAGCCACACGCGCCAUGGCCGCGGUGACUCACCUGCAAGGAGUCGAGAUCUCAGCCGCCCAGUUUUUCGAGAUCUGGAAUCACUACGACUCUGAUGGCAAUGGGUACCUGGAUGGGAAAGAGCUGCUGAACUUCAUCCAGGAGCUUCAGCAGGCACGAAAGAAGGCAGGAUUGGAAUUAACACCUGAAAUGAAAGCAUUUGUGGACCAGUACGGGAAAAGUACUGAUGGAAAAAUAGGAAUAGUCGAGCUUGCUCAGAUAUUACCAACAGAAGAGAACUUCCUAUUGUUCUUUAGGUGCCAGCAGCUCAAGUCAAGUGAAGAUUUCAUGCAGACCUGGCGAAAAUAUGACACUGACCAUAGUGGCUUCAUUGAGACUGAAGAACUUAAGAGUUUUUUGAAAGAUUUACUACAGAAAGCAAAUAAGCAGAUUGAUGAUUCCAAGCUAACAGAAUACACCGAAAUAAUGCUGAAGAUGUUUGAUUCAAACAAUGAUGGAAAGCUGGAACUUACUGAAAUGGCCAGUUUACUACCAGUGCAGGAAAACUUUCUUCUUCAAUUUAAGAGUGUCAAAAUGUGUGGGAAAGAGUUCAAUAAAGCUUUUAAGCUGUAUGAUCAAGAUGGCAAUGGAUACAUAGAUGAAAAUGAAUUAGAUGCAUUACUGAAAGAUCUGUGUGAAAAGAACAAAAAGGACUUAGACAUUAACAACCUGGAAACAUACAAGAAAAACAUCAUGGCCUUGUCUGAUGAAGGAAAGCUUUACCGAACAGAACUUGCUCUUAUUCUUUCUGCCGAGCAGGAUUAGAGACCUCCUGUCACUUCAGUUGAACUGGUGAUAUACUGUAUCAACACAAUAACUGUGCACUAUAAGGGAGUAGCCUGUACUUUCUUUUAUAUCUGUAAAUUUAAAUCGCAUAUAAUUAGCCAUGAUGUGUGGCACAUUCUUUUCAGUCUGUUUCUAUACUGUUUGUAAUGUACAGUUUUUGUAAUUAUAAGAUUGAUAAAGAGUGUCUGUUUGGGCCAGUCUGUAUAUUCAAGAAGAAACUAAGACAUUUUUUUGCUUUCAUAAAAAUAGCUGGAAAAAAAUUUAAAAUUCUGCUGAGACUGUUUUGUUCAUCAUAUCCUUUGACACUUGCAACAUUUCUGUUCAAUUAUACAUAUUAAGUAAAAGCCCAGAGCUCUUUCAGUGCACGACUAAAUACGAGUUUUUAAAUGCAGAAUGUAAAAAUGCUGUUUUCAAGUAGGAAAGAUGACCAGGGAUGUUGGAACUGAAAGAUUUACCAAGCUGGUGAGAAAUAUUUUCAGUAGUCUGACUAGCUACUUGCAAAUCUAUGCUCCUUGCAGUUUUGCAGUAAACGAGGAGAGCUUACGAACUUAUGGCAUACAGACAUAACAUCUAUAAACAGCAGAUAUCUGGAACAGCUCAGUGCUGCUGUUCACAUACAAUGUUGUUUUCCAUUUAGCUGUUUAAUUUCACUAAAUUUAAACAAGGUGAUAAGCAUCUAAGAAAUACAAGAGACAGAGUUCUUGACAAACUUUUAAUCUAUUUUGGAAACCUGGCUAAACUCCAGAUAGGAUAAUUAAUACACACAUUUGCAUAAUACAAUAAGUGUAACUCAUGAAAAUUGCUGUGUCAGAGAAUAUGACAAUCCAUUUUCUAAACUAUUUGCACAUAUUGCAGGUUAAAAUUAUUGUAGUAAACUGCUGUUUUUAAAUCAUUCGGUGUAACCUAUAAUUAAAUUUAAUAUACUAACACUACCCUUGUCUAGUUUGUCUACUUCCAGGAUUUUCUUAGCAAGUAGAAAACAAGGAAAUAAUUUGUUUUAAAAGUGUGCUUUCUGCAUCUUACACUAAAUUUCUAAUGGAGAAAAUUAUUGGAAUUUAAGACUUAAAAAAACAAUCCAUUUCUCAAAGUACUAAUUCAACACCAAGUCUAGUCGUUUAUAUAUCAGACUCUAAAUUAGAUUACUCUGCAGGGGAAUUCUUUCUUAAAGCAGAAAGCCCACUAUAAUUGCUCCUGUCUUUUUUAUAGUUGUGCUCUGUAGGCCUGGGUCUAAUUUUACUUACACCAAUUUUAUGCCAGCAUAACUCCACAGACUUCAGUGGCGUUGCUCCCAAUUUAUAGCAGUGUGAGAACAGAAUUAGGUCUAUGUCUUAAUGUCAAUCAACCUAAGCUGCCUCUACUUAAAGUAUGGUGUUUCAGAAGCACUCCCAGCUCAAUACAUUAUUUUAUUAGCUGGAUACAAUGCCUAAAAUGCAUCCACAGUAACUUAUCUGACAAAUGGGCAAAUCAGUUUAAUUAGAUAGAAGUGGUCUCAAGCAGCAAGUGUAUUGGGUACUCUCCGAUCUUGAGAUAGAUGUAAUUAGAAGAUAGGAGGAGGAGGCAGCAACAGAGUGAUUCUUGGUGGAAAAAAACAACACACUAAGAAGUUUAAAGUCAGAUCAAGACAGGUCAAUGACAACCUCACUCCAGGCACAGUGAUCUAAUUACUCAGCUUCUGGUUCACCUCUUCUCUAUGCAAUGUAAAGUAUAAUUGUGUAUUUUAAGUGAAGGAACAGUGAAUAAAUUAUCUGCCUACAAGCUUAAUAUAUAUGAUUAAAGUGAAUUGUGGACAGAUUUUGUUCAUACUGUGCACAUGAAGCAAUGGAUUUUGCCUUAUUUUAACACUUAAAAGUAAAGGUGAAAAAAUCUUGUAAUAAUAUCUGAUUUAAAGUGACUGUUUGGUACAAUAAUUAGACUGAAAAAUGAGGUAGUUAAAUUGUUUUGACAGAAAGUCAUCAUCUAAACUUGAAUGUGCCUUCUAGAACACAAGAAAAGUUGCCUAUCAAAGAUUUGUUCUAGAGUCUUGCUUCUACCAUUCCUAUUACAACCAGCUGCCUUGUGGUACUGUACAGAAUAUAUAAAGAAGAUUUGAGUCAUCUACAUGUGCAGCGUUUAAGUCAUGCAUAAACCCAUAUUUCCGCAGAAGUAUAGCAAUUAAAAAAAAGACAUGUCGUUGUUAGCUUAUGUUAAUACAAUGUCAAGUCUAGCAAAUAUAAGGUGGGAUCACUGUAAAAACGCCCGUUUUUUAAAACAUCUGCACCUCCCUGGAAUUGUUCCUCAGUCUGACACGAUUUCAAGAGGUGCUGAAGACAACAGGAGCUGGUGAUGGUCAAACCCUAAAUUUGCUUAUCCUAGAAGAUCAUACUGGAAGAUUAAGACAGCUAAAAUAUUAAUUAUACCUGGGGCUCCUGUAGACUGUAUUCAGAUUCUAUAAAGAAACCUAUAUAGAGGUAGUUAAACAGGAAAUAAAAUAUUGUAGUUACUAUGUUUAAAUUAUUACUCAAUAACAAAAUAAUCUACUAAUAUAUAACACUAUACAAUAUGCCAGUAAAUGUGCUAUAUGAGUAGCUAUAAUAUUUUGGAGUUUAAAUAUAUACAUUUUACAAAAUAUGCUGUUACAAUGGAGGCCUUCACCACAAUAUCUGCUACUAA